AUGAAAGCCAACUUCUACGUGUUCUGCAUCUCUUUGCUCCUGCUUUUGAACCUCAUCGGGGCCAAACCGCUCUCUGAGUUACAGGAGAGCCUUAAGGAGCUUUUGGAGGAGGAACAAACUGCGAACGCGCCUUUCCUUGCUCCGGAGGAGUCGGAGUCGGUGUCGGAGUCGGAGUCGGAGCGGAGAGGCGGGACAGAGGAGCGGCGCGCUCUGAGUGGAAGCGCGUGGACCGUCGGGGAGAUCAGCGGCGCGCUCGCGGCCAAAGAGAACGCACUGGAUCGCCUCAUCGGGGACAUCCUGUCCGUGUCCAAACGCAGUCGCUUCAAGAAAGGUGGCCUAAGGAGCUGCUUUGGUGUUAGGCUAGAGCGCAUCGGCUCUUUCAGUGGUCUCGGAUGCUAG